UGUCUUGCAGUGAUACGAGGAUACUCAUCCUAUCAAGCAAAUACAGGAAACAUGGCAAUGACAGUUCUUCGGGUGUUACUUUGUGCAGUCUUCAUGGUGUCUGCAGUCAUGUCCAAACCAGUUUAUCUAACUGAGGGUGGAGGUUCAUCCAAGUCCUCAGAGUCUAAUGAAUCCAAUGAAUCAGAAGAAACUGCCACUCAUGUAGAGCCUUCACAGGAUCCCCUGCAAACAGCAUUUACAGAGACAGACAUUCCUACUGCUGCAGAGGAGACUGACCCUGCAGGCACCGCAGGCACCGCAGGCACCGCAGGCCUCUUUCCCUCUGCAGACUCGGGAGCUUCUCCAGCCACGCUUGACACUUCAGCGCUGCCCUCAGAGGACCCACAAACCUUCACUGAUGUUUCACCGCUCGUGCCAGGUGAUCCUUCACAAGCUGCUCACGGCACCGACAUUCCUCCUGAUCCUGCACAAGACACUGUGAAUGACACAGAGGUCUCACCACAGCCAGAGAUAACAGCGACUGGUAUAUUCAUGGGUAUUGGUGGCACGACUGAACCACAAGUCAUAAGCACAACCACCACAUACCAAGGAUUCCCCCAGGGUGCCACUCCACCCUUUCCUCCAAACAUCACACCGACGCUUCAACCAUCAUCCGCGACCCCUUCCCUAGUGGUCCCUGUGAGUCCUGCCCUGACCGCUGGUCCUGUUUGUUUCACUUUCCAGUUCCCUGAGCGGGAUCCACCCAGAGGAGACAGCAUUUGAUACUGGAAACUAAUCAGUUUUAGUUGUAGUUCAGAUUGGGUUAACUGGUUUGGCCCAUGUUUGAGGUAGUUUUGCAGUAGUUGUGUACUACUGUACGCUGUAGUGAUUUACUUAUGCAAUAACAAGUUGAAUAUCCAGACCAUACUUGGCUUUUACUUUACAUUUCCUUAUAUAAUAUUGUCAAAAUGGGGACAGUUUAAUAUCUGCUAUAUAAAGACGAUGAAAAUGUAUUGUGUUAUGUCGAUUUGUAGAAUUGCCACCAUAACUACACCAUGUGAUUACAUGUUCUUAUUUUGAAUUAAGUUAUUGAUUCUGCAGAUAACACACCACAAUACUAAUAAAUAAAAGAUGUUUUGGUAUUGCAAAGGUAAAUUAAACCUUUGAGUAAUAAAGACACCAAAAAUUCCUGGAAAUAGAAUUCAAUUAUUGUCACAACAGUCAUUUCAAAAAUUCAAGUUAUGUAUAUAUGUGUGUAUAUCAUGGGAUUGAAAUAUUCAAUAGGUGCAUGUGUUGCAGUUGUUGAUGUUAAUUUUUCAGAAGACAUAGACAAAACUUAAAAUGUACUUCUAAUGUUGUGUAUAUGACUGUCAUCUGUUUGUCUGGCCUCAUAAAACCCAGUCAGGAAAUAUUUGGACCAUCUAAAUACAUCACAUUUGUACAUUUGAAUAUAUAAGUAGAUUUUUCUGACUUGUCAUUGAAAAUGAUAAUUUUUGCUAUGUUCCAGCCUAUCAUAGCGCAAAGCAGUUGUCAGUUAUAUAAACAAACCCAUAUGGUUUCAAAUAUUCAAACCAUGUACACUAACCCUGGUCUGUCUUCAUUAAGUAUUUAGAAUUAACUUACAAGCACACAUACCUAAUUUCAGACUUAUCUUAACUAAUGUUUCUGGUCUUGUGCUUUGAAUAU